GCCACUCGGGCCACACUGGCGCCAGUGUGGCCCGAGUGGCAGUGCGCAAAUACUUCUAACAGGCCGCUCAAAGUUAUUGAGGUUGACCUUGAGUCGGACGAUGAGUCGGACGAUGGGGUGAAGGAGACCCAACCGGUGGAUGUGAGCGGCGGAAAAACGGAGUUCCCAACGGAGAAGGGGACGGAGAAGCACGGUGCAACGGAAGCCGUGGGAGCGGCAGCGGAAGCCGUAGAAGCAACCGCAGCGGAACGCGUGGGAGUACGGAUCAACCGGAAGUUGGACAAGGAUGAGAGCGGAAAGGUGAUGUCGCUAGAGACGGGCGGCAAGCGAUAUCCGGAGCGGGCACGUGUGCCACCGGGAGAAUUUUGGAAGGCCGAGACGGAAUGGGUAACACCGAAGGCCAAGAAGCGAGCGGGUUGGAAGGAUUAG